GCAGCGAGCGGCUUGUUGUGCGCGCUGCGGAGCUGUUACCCUCCCGCUGCCCAGGCCCUGCCGGAGCCGCCGCCAGAUAUUUUAUAGAAUGUCUAAUGGUUAUGAAGAUCACAUGGCUGAAGAUUGCAGGGAUGAUAUUGGUAGAACAAAUUUAAUCGUGAACUACCUCCCUCAAAACAUGACACAGGAUGAGUUACGAAGUCUAUUUAGCAGUAUUGGCGAAGUUGAAUCUGCUAAACUUAUUCGGGACAAAGUUGCAGGACACAGCUUAGGCUAUGGCUUUGUGAACUAUGUGAGUGCUAAAGAUGCUGAAAGAGCAAUAAACACACUGAAUGGCCUGAGACUUCAGUCAAAAACAAUCAAGGUGUCGUACGCUCGUCCAAGUUCUGAAGUUAUCAAAGAUGCUAACUUGUACAUUAGUGGACUACCAAGGACAAUGACACAAAAAGAUGUAGAAGACAUGUUUUCACGUUUUGGCCGCAUCAUCAACUCACGUGUACUCGUGGAUCAAACUACAGGUUUGUCCAGAGGAGUCGCUUUUAUCCGGUUUGACAAAAGGUCAGAAGCAGAAGAGGCAAUUACAAGUUUCAAUGGUCACAAACCCCCAGGUUCCUCUGAACCCAUUACUGUGAAGUUUGCAGCCAAUCCUAACCAGAACAAAAAUGUGGCAUUGUUAUCACAGCUGUAUCAUUCACCAGCUAGACGAUUUGGAGGGCCAGUUCAUCACCAGGCGCAAAGAUUCAGGUUCUCUCCUAUGGGUGUAGAUCACAUGAGUGGGCUUUCUGGUGUAAAUGUUCCAGGAAACGCAUCUUCUGGCUGGUGUAUCUUCAUCUACAACCUUGGUCAAGAUGCUGAUGAGGGAAUCCUCUGGCAGAUGUUUGGCCCCUUUGGUGCGGUUACCAAUGUGAAAGUUAUUCGAGAUUUCAACACCAACAAGUGCAAAGGUUUUGGUUUUGUGACCAUGACAAACUAUGAAGAAGCUGCGAUGGCCAUAGCAAGUCUUAAUGGCUACCGCCUGGGGGACAAAAUCUUACAGGUUUCCUUCAAAACCAACAAGUCCCACAAAUAACUUGCUCGUGCUUUUUGUAUGGAAUAGAUAAUGGAGUGACCGAAGUUAAAACAUUUUUGUUAGUGUAAAACUCAUUUUGCGCCAAUUUUCACAAGUGUUUGUCUUAGUCUAAAUGAGAAGUGAAAAAGGUUUUUAUACUCUGGGAUGCAACUGACAUGUUCAAAUGUUUGAAAUCCCACAAUGUUAGACCAAUUUUAAGUUCCUUAAGUUAUUUCAUUAAAAAUAUAUAUUAAAAAAAAAAAAGUAAAAUCUUAAGUAGAUUGCAUUAACUAGACCCUCUGGAUGGUGGUAAAAUUGAAGCAUGCUUUCACUUAUGAGACUAACAUUUGUUCUAUUGAAUGUUGUCUGCAAAAACUGGAACUCUUUUUUGUUUUAAUUUUUUUUUUUUUUAAUUUUAAACUAUCAAGCGGAUGCUGUUAGUAUGGUCCUCCCCUCAGUCCCCAAUAGCCUGGUAAAAAAGUUGAGAAAUACUGAUGUUGGCAGUACAUUGCUUUUUAAAGUAAUUUUCAUUGCUACAUCUAGUUGAGGAUUAGACUUCAUAACAUGAAGGUCUUGUAAGUAGUAGCAUGCCAGCAUAACUUUUAACACCAUUGAUGAGGUAAGUUGCACACUGAACAGUGGCCAAGUUGUCAAAUUAAAAGGUUUUACAAAAAAUUUUAAGCCCAGUUUUUCAUAGGAAUGGACCAAAGAGUUUCAGAGAAACUCGGAAGAUUUCAGAGUCAAAACGAAACUCCAAAAACAGUGUGAAUAUAUGUUUCUACUUCAUCAAACUGAAUCUCUUCUGUCCAAAUAUUUAAUGCAUGAUGCACUACUUACUGAUACAUUGUAAUGCAGCAAGAUAAUUAUUCAGUUUCAAAGAUCAUUAUAGUUUGAAUUCCUAAGGGUAGUUCCAUUUUGUAAAAACAGUUAUAAACAUUUGAGCAUUGUAUUUCUCGCAUCCCUUCUAACGAGUGCUAGAUUUUUCUAUUUUAAUAGGAUUUUGUUUUGACAACUAGCUUUACUUAUUGAACACUCAGCAGAAAAGUACUUACUUCUUGCAAGUUAGAUAUUAACAAAAAACUGAUUGUAGAUUUAAAGAUUAAUCCCCCAAGUUUUCUGCAGACUGCCUUGAAACUUUGAGUUGUUCUGUUUCUGUUAAUUUUCUUUUGCUUUUUUGUGUUUUUUGUUUGUUUGUUUUUACUUUUGCAUUUAAGACCAUUAAAUUUGAUUUUGUUUUGCUCGAAUUUUGUUUUGUUUUUUAUUUUAUAUUAUUUUUUUUGCCAAGUAUUGCACAAAGUGUCCAAUAUUAAAAGAAUAUUGCUUUAAAGUACUAUAGGUCUUCAUUAAAAUUAAAAUCCAUUAAUCUGUCCUUUUGACAGAUCAGAUGGGGAAAAUAUUUGUGUGAAAACAAAAGCAUUACAAUAAAUCUGUCACAUAGAAAGUAUGUGCCAGAUACUCAGUUAAACACAUAUAUGUUGCUUUGUAGACAGACUGAACAAUAUUUCUUUUAUCAAAAAUGUGCUAUGUAAGGUAUGUAGGUACAUAGCUAGUGUGUGUGAGCAGGGACUUCACCUGACAAACUAUUGCAAGAAUCUUAUCUGUGUUCUGUCACCAGAGUUCAGAGAAAAUGCAGAAAUUGGGACAACUUGUCAGCAAUUAUCUUAUGAGUGAACCUGUGCCAAUCCCCAAGACCUAAUGAGUAGUCACUUCAGAUUCUGGAGGCAGUCCCAUGCAGAAUUGCUUUUGUUUGUAUGAUGCCCAAACAUUGGCUCUUUAAGAUCCUAUCUUGCAUCACAACUAUGAUUUCUCUCUUUUCAGCAUCAGGACCUCCAGUCCUGUGCUGCCGCUGGAAUUUUGUGCUCUCCUUUCCUGUACUUCAUUGUUUGGCUCUUUACUCGUUCUUCAGUCGUUGGCCUUUCCUUUAAUCUGCAGCAUGCACUUUUUGCUGUCAGAAGCCAGUCAUUUACUGCUCUACUGAUUGGCUCUUUUGUGGUUGUACAUAGCCUCUCUCUGCUGGCUCCAGAAGAGCCCAGCAAGAGCAGAGCUCUUUUCCAAGAUCUCUAGCAAUGUUGAGUGAGAUGCCUUCGCUCUAGUGCAGUAUAUUAAAGUUCUUUCUGCUGCCUGAUGUGUGCUGCCUUUCCUUUUUUGCCAUUCCCAUUUACUCCUUGCCCCAAGCCUUUGAGAAGCACAGUCAGCAUCAGACAGUUGUAGGAUAAUGUCCUCCAAAACCAGCAGCUGCCACCAGGUAAAAGGUAGACAGUGGGCCCCCUCUGAGCUCCUCCUUGGACAGGCUGCUGUUUCCAGUGCUUCCUUUCCAUCACUCAUGUUUCCUUCCAAUGAGUCGUUCCUUUCCUGUAUCUGUGGCUAGAUACUAGUUUUGGGGGGUUCAGCAGCUAUAUCAGGGUUGCUUUACCCAUAUCUCCAUGUUAGAGCUGGGGUUCUUAUUAUUUAAAUAAAUUCCUCUCACGGUGUUCCAUCAACUCUUUUACCAGCCCUAGACUCCUCCACGAGAGUGCAUCUUUAAAGCUCCAAGAACCUUCCUUGUAGUUCCCUCCAUCUCAUGGCUCAUUAAGAAACAUUUUAGUGGGAGCAGGGCUGCUGCUGUAAAGGGCAUGGUAGAUAGUUGCACAGACCAGUCUUUAAAAUGAGAUUAUGAUGCCUUUGUGGUAUUAAACCAUUAAAACUGCUCUCGCCCAUGCAGCCACAUCAAAAGCUUCACUGUUGUGAGCUUGCCAAACCUUGCUCUUAAAGCAGAGUAAUGACAACUCUUUGCAAUAUCCUCAGAGACUUUGACAUUGCUGUCCUUU